AUGCCAUGGGGCGAGGACUUGCCGAAAACCCACCAAGAUAACGGCGAAAAGCUCUUGAGGGCACCUGUUGGCACGAUGUUAGCUGGAGUAAAUCUCAGAAGCAGAGGAGCGAUCGCUACCCUCUCGACUGUAGCCUAUCUCGAGGUUACACGCCAACCACAUACGACCGUUGAUGGUUUGGCCAGAUUGGAGUCACUGUAUCCAGCUUCUGCCCAAGCUGGACGCCGUGUUGCAAGACUUCAGAACACGCUUCGAAACAUUGCUGGAGGAGCCUUCUUCUGUUCCCAAUCAUUACGAUAUCAUCCAUCGAGCACUGCUGGAACCUUUCUUGAUGGUGCACCCAACACAGACUACCCAAUGUCCUCCGCGCCACCGAUGCAGCGCCGAGGCCUCGGCGGAGCAACUCAUCACGGGAAGGAAUCCUACGAUGACGAGCCGACCGACUCAGACAAUGAAGCUCAUAGCGAUGGCAAACUGCGAAUGGAGAAGAGAAUUAUGCCAAAGGAGAAACAUGGAUGGAAUAGGCCAGCCAAACGCCGAAAUUGGGAGUUUGUCCCGGGAACAGACCUCGAAGUUGCUGAAGUUGGCAAGCCAGAUCCCUCUAAGUUCUUCCUCGUCCGCCAAAACAAGGACAAUCCUUUGGAGAAAGACAUUCGGCAGUACGCUGGCUGGGAGACCUUAGAUUGGGACGAUCCAAAUGAUAUCGAAAGCCUCAACAGCGCUCGACGUCAAGUACGCAAACGUACGAGUGGGAAGAUUGCCGUGUCGCGAAUGCCAUACACGCAGAUGGAGAAGGACGUUCUCAAGAAUCUGGUUCAGCAAGCCAUCCAAAGCGGCAAAGACAGACUUACCAUCGAUUGGGACGAGAUAUCCAGGAACAUGUCGAAGCAUUUCGAGGGGAUCGUUCAAGAACCUGGUCAGCCGAUGGCUCGAACAUCCAAGGUAGUCGCCGGACAGGAGAAAACUCCCAAGCACAAAGUGCAGACUCUGAAAACUCGGAGAAAUGGCACUGCAAACCGUGCCGGCAGAGCCAUCCAAGCCCAAGCCGAAAGUUAUGGCGAUAUUUGGCUUAUGUUGAUUGCCUCCAAGCCUUUAGGCAAGAGAGGUCGCAGAAAGAAGGAGACCGAGGUUGCUGAGAAGGAGAAAAUUGAGCUGGACAAUGCUGAGGAGGAAACAGAAUUACCAUCGAACCCGAAGCGCCGUAGGACUGGAACAGAGGAUAUCGCGCCCGGUCCAAAGAUGCCUCCUGGACCUCCUCCACCUCCUGGAGGAGCAGGCGGGAUUGCUGGACCCAUGGGAGAAGGAUUUAGUCUGGCUCUGGCGCAGACCACUCUUCCGAGUCAUUGA